AUGCCUUCAAUAAAACUACAUCCCUCCUCAGCUUCAUCAACAACUAAAGCGACAAACCCCCAGACCCCCGCAAACCCCCUCCCACCCCUCCUCCAAACCCCAACAGGCCUAGCCAUCCUCGAACUCCAAGGCACAAUCAACGUCCCCUCCUCAAACGAAGAAGAAAAUGAGAUGAUCGACAGCCCUGGUUCCAAUCCCAACAUAGACCCAGCCUCCGUCUUCGAAACCCCAAUUGGAAAACUCAUGUUCCCGGACUACUCGGUGCACAACCCGGAUGACACGAAAUGGAUGAAGCGCGCAUACCUCUAUGUCGGCCGGUACCAGCGUAUGACUGGUGAAGUUAAGAAACUGCCGAGGCCGGUUGCUGUGUUGCAGAGGCACCAAGGGGAGGGUGACGGGGAGGAAUUGGAGGUUGUUGAGAUUGUGCGGUAUAAGAUUUUCUUUAAGAGUCGGCCGGAGCCUGUUAAUAAUGUCUGA